UCAGUAAUAAGGGUUUUUUGUGACCCCUCCGUUGUACCGCACGCAGUUCUCUCUUCUUCUCACUCCGCAGAAGAGAGAGAAAUAUCCAAUACCUAGCCUCUCUCUCAUCUUCACAAUCCAAUCUCUUCCAUUUAUCCUAUCCUUUUUCAAUCGCCGCCGCCGCACCUCCGUUGCCGGUGAAGUUUGUCUUUUUGUUAGCAAUCUCUGUAAAACGCCAGAUCGAUCUCACACAAGGUAUGCAGCAAGGUGAUCAAACUGUUCUAAGCUUGAGACCUGGUGGUGGUCGAGGAAACAGGCUUCUCGCGCCUAGAUUUGAAUCGUCCUCUUCCAACUCAUCGGUUUCCCCGGCUUUUGGUUCCUUUUCGUCUGAUCUUCUUCGUCAACAUGGUGCCGCUCAAUCUCAUUUCGCAUUCAAGAUUGGAGAUUCACAGUUUGAUGGCCAUGAGCGGGUGCGAUAUUCCAGAGAAGAGCUCUUGCAUAUUAAGAAGACUGUUGAGGAGACCCCUGAGGAGAUCCCUGAAGAUAUUUUAAAGCUCAGACAUGAAAUCGAUGCUGAACUUUUUGGUGAAGAUCAAAGUUGGGGUCGUGUCGAAAGCAAUGCUCCAACUCAAACUCAAACUCGAUAUGCUGAACCAGAUAAUCGUGAUUGGCGUGGCCGAUCUGCGCAACUUCCGGUUAACGCAGAUGAGAGGUCUUGGGAUAAUAUCAAGGAGAAUAGAGAGUUUGGCACUAGUCAACCAAAUUCUCAGUACCCACGUUCUAGCCAAGGGGGAGGACCUGCUCCUACUCUAGUAAAGGCUGAGGUACCAUGGUCUUUUAGAAGGGGAAGUCUCUCUGACAAGGACCGUGUCUUAAAAACAGUUAAAGGUAUACUGAAUAAGUUGACUCCGGAAAAAUUUGAUCUUUUGAAGGGUCAGUUGAUCGAUUCUGGCAUUACAUCAGCUGAUAUAUUGAAGGGAGUUAUUUCGCUGAUAUUUGACAAGGCAGUGCUUGAACCAACAUUCUGCCCCAUGUAUGCGCAACUGUGUUCUGAUCUUAAUGAAAAGCUGCCCCCAUUCCCAUCUGAAGAACCUGAUGGUAAAGAAAUAACUUUUAAGAGAGUACUCUUGAAUAACUGCCAGGAAGCUUUUGAAGGCGCUGGUAAAUUGAGGGAAGAAUUGGCGCAGAUGACUUCUCCUGAGCAGGAGUCAGAGCGACGUGACAAGGAAAGGGUUGUCAAGAUCCGUACCCUUGGAAACAUCCGUUUAAUUGGAGAGCUGCUGAAGCAAAAAAUGGUUCCUGAAAAGAUUGUCCACCACAUUGUUCAGGAGCUUUUAGGAGCUUCUGACAGCAAGGUCUGUCCAGCUGAGGAAAAUGUUGAAGCCAUAUGUCAUUUUUUCAACACUAUUGGCAAGCAGCUUGAUGAAAGCCCAAAAUCACGACGUAUAAAUGAUAUGUAUUUUGGCCGAUUGAAAGAAUUGAGCACUAAUCCCCAACUUGUACCAAGGAUGAGAUUCAUGGUGCGCGAUGUUAUAGAUUUGCGUGCUAGUAACUGGAUCCCAAGACGAGAAGAGGCAAAGGCCAAAACCAUAUCUGAAAUCCAUUCAGAAGCCGAAAAGAAUCUUGGGUUGCGUCCAGGUGCUACUGCUAAUAUGAGAAACACCCGUGUUUCUGGUAUUCAAGGAAAUACCAGCGCUGGAGGCUUUCCCAUUGCACGACCUGGUACAGGAGGUUUAAUGCCUGGUAUGCCGGGUGUGAGGAAGAUGCCUGGGAUGCCUGGUAUUGAUAAUGAUAACUGGGAGGUGCCUAGGACUAGAUCUAUGCCAAGAGGAGACAUGUCGCAAUCUGGAGGACGUGGCCAGUCUCCUUUCCUUUCCAAGCCAUCCCCUGCCCUAAACUCAAAGUUACUGCCUCAAGGUAGCAGUGGUCUUGUAAGUGGGAAAAAUAGUGCACUGGUUCAUGGAGGUCGUCCAACAAGCUUUGCUUCAGCUUUAGAGCCUACGCCUCAAAUCCCUUCACCUGUUAAAUCUGUUUCUGCUGCAUCCCCUGAGAAGCCCCAGGCCCCAGCUGCAAAAUUGAAUAUUGAUGACCUUCAACGCAAAACCGUCUCUCUUCUGCAAGAGUAUUUCAAUGUUCGACUUUUGGAUGAGGCAUUGCAGUGCGUGGAGGAAUUAAAAGCUCCGACUUAUUACCCAGAGUUCGUCAAGGAAGCCAUUUCCCUUGGGCUAGAUAAAAGCCCGCCAUGUGUUGAGCCUGUUGCUAAGCUUAUUGAGCAUCUGUUUUUGAAGAAGAUUCUCUCAGCUAGAGACAUAGGCACUGGAUGUUUGUUAUUUGCUUCUCUGCUUGAUGAUAUUGGCAUAGAUUUACCAAAAGCACCCAGCAACUUUGGCGAGAUAAUAGGGAAACUAGUUUUGGCUGGUGGUUUGGACUUUAAGGUGGUUAGAGAAAUCCUUAAUAAGGUGAGUGAUGACUACUUCCAGAAAGCAAUAUUCAAAGCCACACUCGAGGUAAUUAGCUCUUCAUCCGGGCAAGCUGUGUUGGAUGCACAAGUAUCUGAUAUUGAGGCAUGCCAAGCUCUGCUCCAGUGAGUCGAAAGAUUUCGCAUGCACGAGAAUACUUAUAUCUGGAUGAAUGGAUGGAUGUCUCUCUGUCAUGUUUAAUUACUUUGAAGUUACUUUUACUUUUAUGCUCAUACUGAGUUAUAGAGCAAUCUCUAUUACAGAAUGAUAUUUAAGUGGAGCUUCCAGGGUCAGUAUUUUCUUGAGUUGUAUAAUUUUUGUUUUGUUGUCUAGAGUUGUUUAUUGAGGGAAAAGUUAAAACCAUAAAGCUAAGGAUUUUGUUUUUCAGUUGGCUAAUUCAUAAGCCAAGCAAGCUUCUUCAACAUAGUGGCCCAUUCCUUAGGGGGUCUAAAUGUUUUUGUAUUUCAUUAUUAGUUGCCAUUUUUCUUCUGUUUUUCUUGACAGAGUAAAUUGUUGAACUUAUUGUUAGUUCAUAAAUGCCAUUAUUGUUAUUUCUGUUA